UCGACUUCAGCUUGUGAAAGGUGUAGAAAACGUGAUGACGUCAGGCUCCGCCCCCACUGCGUUUUGACGUUUGACGCUGCGAUGCCAUAGGGGGGGGGGGCUCGGUGAUAAGAUGGCGGCUGGAGGGUCCCCGGGAGAGAACAGUAAAUCACGACGACCAGUGGCCUAACACCUCUUCUCCUCUCCCCGAGAUGUCCGUCCAUUUACAAUGAAUAGCAAGGAGUGUGCCGAGGUCUCAGAAAACAGCCACCAUAUUAAGGUUUUCCUACCCAAGAAGCUGCUGGAAUGUUUACCGAAGUGUACGGCGUUACCGAAAGAGAGGCAGCGCUGGAACACCAAUGAGGAAAUCGCCUCUUACCUCAUUACCUUUGAGAAGCAUGAUGAGUGGUUAUCUUGUGCCCCCAAAACCAGACCCCAGAACGGCUCCAUCAUCCUGUACAACCGCAAGAAGGUAAAAUAUCGCAAAGAUGGCUACUGCUGGAAGAAGCGCAAAGACGGCAAAACCACCCGAGAAGAUCACAUGAAGCUGAAAGUGCAGGGGAUGGAG